UGAGGUUGAAAUCUUUAAUCUGAGAGAAACUCUAGACUCGAAUAUCGAAAAGAUCCAAACCGAACGUCUUUUUAUCUUUUUAAUUUAUUGAACAAGCCAAAAGGGGGCCAUGGUUCGAUUAACGAUUUAGUGGGAACAGCAGGCCUGACGGCUCUAUUUGUCAUAGGGGUUUUCUUCUCCGACAGGAACAUAGUAAGAUGUGCGGCAGGGCUCGCUGUACUCUGAGACCUGAAGAUGUCCGCAGGGCUUGUCACCGUCAUGGCUCUCCUGCCCAUUUUCUUCAUCUUGAAUGUUAUCGUCCUUCUUACAAUGUUGCGCCUGGAUCUUAUAUGCCGGUUCUACGGAGAGACAAAGAUGGUGUUGCUGUUCACUGUAUGAAGUGGGGAUUAGUCCCUGGCUUCACUAAGAAAACUGAUAAGCCUGAUUUCUUCAAAAUGUUUAAUGCUCGGUCUGAAUCGAUAGCUGAGAAAGCAUCUUUUCGUCGAUUGCUUCCAAAGAAUAGGUGCCUUGUUGCAGUUGAUGGGUUCUAUGAGUGGAAAAAGGAAGGCUCAAAAAAGCAACCCUACUACAUCCAUUUUAAGGAUGAGAGGCCUUUGGUCUUUGCUGCUCUUUUUGAUUCUUGGCAGAACUCAGGAGGUGAGACACUUUACACCUUCACGAUUCUGACAACCGCUUCCUCGUCAGCCUUGGAUUGGCUCCAUGACAGAAUGCCAGUAAUACUGGGAGACAAGGAUUCAGUCGAUACAUGGUUAGAUGAUCCCUCAACGUCGAAACUGCAGCCAUUACUUGCACCUUAUGAAAAAUCGGAUUUGGUAUGGUAUCCAGUAACCUCUGCAAUUGGUAAACUAUCUUUUGAUGGACCAGAGUGUAUUCAACAGAUACCGUUAAAGGCCUCACAAAACAGCUUGAUCUCCAAGUUUUUCUCAGCAAAGCAGCCCAAAACAGAAGAAAGAGACAAAGAAACCAUCCCAGCUGGUCCGAAAGAGGAACCUAUACUUGAAGGGGUCCUAGUCUCGGAUAGCAAUGAUGAAAUCAAACAAGUGGAUGAGGAGAAAGCCGAACCAUUAGUUGGAGAUAGCUCAGCCGUUGCAUCUCCUCCUGAAUCUGUAAAGAAGGAAGGUGAAUCCGUGGAGACUGGUGGGUUAGAGUUAACCGGGAAGUCGAGUGGAAGAAAGCGAGAUUAUGAGUUAUUUUCAGCUCAAGAAAAGCCAUGGAAACAACAACAGUCUGUUGUGGUGAGAAUGCAAGAUGAUAAAAGCUGUGGGAAACACGGAAGGAAGAAGCAAGGAAAAGGAAACUCCAAGGAGAGGCAGUCUACGUUACAUUUCUUUUUCGAUGAGAAAUAGUUUGUUUGUACAUAAAUGAAUCUAUGAUGACGUGUGUGUUGAGAGCUAAUAUGGUUGUAGACUUGUAGUAGAUCAUCAAGGACACUUAUGUAUCGUCGAUGCUUUGUUUAUGUGUUGUGCUCAGAUCUCUAGAUGAAUCUCUAUUAUGUAA